AUGCUCCUAGCGGUGCUGGUAGCAUGCUUGGAGCUUUGCUCCGGAGCCCAGAGGCAGUGGCCGCAGCCACCCCUAGAAAGAGUGCGGCACCAUUGCAAUGGAUGCUUCUUAGACCUGACGCCGGCUGCUCGAACGUGUGAUUUCAACUACGAAAGGAUCUGCACUGAGAAGGCGGGCUGCCUGCGUCCGGAUGCGCGCUGCAUCGAGGGCCCGACGCCUCACUCGCUGUAUGACAUGCGGUGCUGCUGUGUUCCAGAGGACGGUGUGACGGACAGCAGCGUGUGCGACAUUGUUGAUUUUCUCCACUUGCCUGGAAUAUAUUUGCACUGUAAACUGAAAUGCUGUGAACAUCAGACUUGUGCAACGGGCUGCGCGGACAAGGAUGAAGGCUGCGGCGAAGCCCUGCCCCCUUUUGAGGGCCCAUGCCGCAUUUGGGCCAACGCCACAGCACCGCAGCAGUCUGAGGCAAACUGCUGCCUCUGGGGCCGUGGAGUGAAGUGCUCCUCCACCCGGGAGGAGCCUUGCUGCAUGGAGGCAGAUGUGCAUCCCGGGCAGCUUUGCCAGCCCACGCAGGCUGCCUGCAUGAUAAAGCCUUCAACAACGGCAAUCCCGGAGCCGGCAGGCGGAUCCAGCCUAGCAGAGACGGUCUGCAUAGUGAGUGCGGCACUGUCAGUGCUAGGGCUCGUGGCUGGCGUGGUCAUCACUCAGUGCAGGGGACGAGGUCCUGAAGCCAGGGAGCGCUUGUUGCGGGAAGCAGGCCCUGCCAUGUCGCUGGUCGAAGUGCCUCCCACUGGGAGGAGGGUCGCAAUCAUCGUAACAUGUGAGCAUUUCAAGGCUGGUAGCCCUAGCUUCGACAACAUUGACGGAGCUCGUGGACAAGGACUCCGGUUGAAAAGCAUGUUUGAAGACGAGCUGGGCUUUGACUCGGAUUUUGUGGUGCAUGAGCCGGACGUAUUGACGACGGCCGACUUUUGGCAAGUAGUGGCUCGUCUGUUGCAGAGGCUAAAUGGUGAGCCGCAUGUGCUGCUGGUUCUGUACUUCAUUACGCACGGUGUGGACGUGGAUUUCAAUCUGCACAUGGCAAUGGGUGCGGCUGCCCCACGUGCAUUGCUGGACGAGUACUACUUGACCAAAGCAGCUCUGCAGCGUGGCUUCCAGACAAUUGAGUGUGCCUCGGAUGCCAAACGCCUCUACAACUGCCAACCUCUGCCGUAUAUGAACGUUGCGAUCUUCACAGACACCUGUCAGUGGCCGCCCCCGCCAGGCGCAACCAGGGGCGUGCCGCCCGAGGCCAAUGUGCGGCACCUGCAAGUGAGGGACAAGCCUGCACGCAUUGGCUUUGUACACGCAUGCGAACGCGCCCGCCCGGCCACGGGGAGCUUCACGGAGGUCUUUCUCGAGAUGGCAAGGGAGCCCAGGAGUCUGGAUGCUCUCAUUGACAGCAUGCGCGCGAAGCUGGAGACAAGCACUGGCUUCGGCAGCAGCGUGUCUGCUGUGACGCGGGCAGCCUAG